AUGGGCAGCUGGCAAGCAUAUCUCGGCUCGUGGAUGGUCUGGUGGCGAUUCAAGGCCUCGCUCCAAUCCUCCAAGGCCCUUCGCCAGCGCAUCGAAAAUGAUCGCCAGACCAAGAGCACGCGCCCGCCAGCGCAUCUAGAAGCGCAGUUCAUCAUCGAGGAGCGCCAUCUUGGCGGCUGUACUCUCUACGACGUAGCACCGAAAUCCGAGAUGCCAAACCAGGCUCGCAUCUUGUAUCUUCAUGGCGGCUGCCUCUUAUUCGAAGCCGACGCGGUGCACUGGCAGCUGGUGGGAAUGCUUGCAGAGCGACUACAGGCCGUGGUGACAAUGGCGAUAUUCCCGCUGGCGCCGGAACAUACUCUGAUGGAGAUUUUUGAUGCCGUGAGGCCGGUGUACGAAGACUUUGCUUUGCCGUCGCAAGAAAAGACGCCCUUUUUUGUUGUGGGCGAUUCUACCGGCGCGAGCUUGGGCCUUUCUCUUACCCAAGAGGCUCUGAAAACAGGCCGCCCGGCAGCAUCGCGGCUCGCGUUCAUGUCUCCUUGUGUAGAGUUCACUUUUCUGAAUCCAGAGGUGCGGGAAGCCGCCAAGACAGAUCCAUGGCUGGAUAUUCCCGGCUUUGAAGAAGCGGUGCGAUAUCUUUGCCCGGAUGUAUCGCCCGAUGACCCGCGAGUGAGCCCGCUAUAUGGAGACGUCAGCAGGCUUCCGCCGACAUUGAUAUUUGCUGGAUCAACCGAAAUGUUGACACCAGAUGUCAGGAAGUUUGUGGCCAAGGUUGUAGAGCAGGGACGAGAGAUUGAGUAUGUGGAGGGAGAGGGCUUGAUGCAUGUGUGGCCAUUGAUUCAGUUUAUACCAGAAGCUAGAGAAGCUGUGGAUAAAAUGGUAAGGUGGCUAGAAUUAGGGAAAGGCGCAUGA